AUGCUGUUCAAUCACCUGGUAGCCAUCAUUACCCUCCCUGUCCUUGCCCUAUCUCAUUCUCUCCCCGCAAAGACAAUUUCUCAACUCUCACUUGGUACAUGGCUCGAGAACAUCGCCGUUCGCUCCAAUGGCGAUUUGCUCGUCACUGAGCUCUGGCCCACUGCAUCAAUCUACACAGUCUCCUCUCCACCAUCCAACAACAAAUUGAAAGAACUGGUGACAUUCCCCUCCAUCCAAGGUCUUCUAGGAAUCGCCGAACUUCCUCCGCGUCCUGGCAAGCCCGAAACCUUUGUCGUCGUCGGUAGCAAUGCAACUGGACUCAGUCAGUUGAUUUCUGGCACUUUCCAAGCUUUUGCUGUGGAGUUCUAUGGAAAGCGCAGGGUCAGGGUCAGGAAGAUCAGCGACAUGACAAAGGAGAGCACCUUUCUUAAUGGCGUCGCUGCUAUCCCAGGUGCACCCAAUGCUGUUCUGAUCUCGGAUUCGGUAAAAGGUUUCGUGGGUCGUCUCGAUGUAUCAACUGGCAUAUUCGAUGACACAACGUUCACCUUCCCUGAGAUGGCUCCACCAGCCCCGAACGCAUUCGGCAUCAACGGCAUCAGGAUUCGACAAGGUUACCUCUACUGGUCAAAUUCCAACGCCGUCAAGAUCUACAAAACAGCUAUAACCCCAACUGGUUAUCCUGUAAAGGGAUCCAAGCCUCAACUUGUCGCCGAUUUAUCGCACGUCGUGACCUUUCUGGAUGACUUCGAGUUUGAUGCUCGUGGGAACAUCUAUGCUACGAGCAACUCUGACAACUCAAUUGUAUUUGUGGAUGUUAAGUCGGGUAAGGCCAAGAUCGUUGUUGGUAGUGUCAGUGAAUUGACCGUUGCGGGUUCGACUUCACUGGCUUUCGGGAGGGGAAAGAAGGACAAGGAUGUCUUUUAUGUAUCUACAGGUGGCGGAUUGUUUAAACCCAUCAAUGGGACGGUGACUGAGGGGGCGAAAGUUGUUGCUGUAAACGUUCGAUGA